GCUUGAAAUAACGCAAGAGGUUUAAUAUAUGUCGUCACGUUACAUGUUAUUGUGAACUUUACAUUAGCUUUUACCAAAGGAACUUGAUGUUAAAAACAAGAGAGAAUCUGUGAAAAGCUUGUCCUUGUCAGCAUGUGUUAGAACGAUGUAGAACAGUGUAUUGUUAACAAGAUUUUUUCGUAAAACUCGUACGAAAAUGAAAGACAUGAAGCAUUGCGGUCGGAUGUUCGCCAGUUCAAGACAUAAAUAUACCGUGAAAGGUGCACGGUGAAAUAUAAAAAGGAAUAAUGAGGAAAGCCAGGCCGGUAUUGACAUUUCUCUUAUUCCUGUGUACCAGUGGGGUACACUCUAGCACACUAUACCAGUGGAUUGUUGACAGUCAAACACGAUUCAACUAUGACCCCAAUCCGAACAAUAUGCUAGGUGUGUAUAACUGGCCAAGGACAUACAGUUCAGACUGUGGAGGAGAAAAUCAAUCUCCAGUUGACAUUCAGACCGACCUUGUCCGCUAUGGUGUCUCUUGUCAAUGUCCUCGUAUGAUUUACAACAGUAAUAUUCUACGUGGCAAGUUCAAAAAUAAUGGUCAUUCAGCCGAGUUUGAACCUGAAGAUGAACGAAUGUUACAGUUGACCAAUGUACCUUACCGGUCAGGAAUGUACAAACUUCACGACUUUCAUCUCCAUUAUGGCGGAGUUACCGGCAGGGAUUUCGAACUGCAGGGUUUGCGAUUUAGAGGAAGUGGUAUCAUGUCCGCUGGAUCAGAGCAUACAAUAGAUGGACUUCGGUUUGAAGGAGAACUUCAUUUCGUAUUUUACAACAGUAACUAUAAAGAUUUGGAGGAAGCUGACAAUAAGACAGAUGGAGUUGUAGUUAUUGUCAUUAUGAUUCAGAAAAUCCCCGGUGGGAUGUCAAACAGCGGUGAAACUUCACGAUUCUCCGAGUUUCUUGAAAUGAAUAUUCCAAGGAUAUUUCCCUACCAGGCGAACGCUAGUACAGAAGUUGACUUGACAAUGUUCUUUAACCGCGAUUGUGAAUUCUACACAUAUGCUGGCAGUACAACAACACCUACUUGCCACGAAUCAGUCCGUUGGAUAAUCCUCAAAGACCCUAUUAUGGUAACGGAACAAGCGUGGUUUUCGUUGACGGGUUUACAAUCACGUGGAGAUUUCAACUCCAGGUUUGGUAACUAUCGUACUACGCAACCACUAAAUCAAAGAGUUAUUGAGGCUAAUUUUGACAGACCAAGUGGCACUGUCCGGCCAUCUCCUAAUGGUGAGGCUAUAAUGAUGAUGAUGUUAGAUCUGAUGAAUAUGACAAUGGAGAUGAUGGCGCAAGAAUCUAAUCCUCGGAGUACGCCGAUGAUGUUAAUGGAUAGAAAUGCUUUGUCUCCAGUCGGAAAUGUUCGUGAUAUGCCAUUAAUGAUGAUGUCUAUGAUGCAAAAUGCAAAUGUCCCUAAUCUGAAUGGACAAAUGAGAGACAUGCCAAUGAUGAUGCCGAUGCAGAUGGAACCAAAUAUGCCGAUGCUGAAUGAAAAUGUACGAGACAUGCCGAUUAUGUCAAUGAUGCAAAUGAAUAGAGAUGGAAACGUACCGAACCUUAACGGAAAUGUCCGAGACAGACCGAUGCAAGGACCAAUAAACAUGCCAAAUGUAGAGGGCAAUAUUCGGCAAAUGCAAAUGAUGAUGUCAAGGUUAAAUAAUCCGAACAUUCCAAACGUAGGUGGCAGUAUGGCAUCGAUACAAAUGCCAAUACAAGAUGCAUCUAGCGCUGUAAAUAUCCAGGACAGACCAAUGAUGAUGAGGCCAACGUUGAAUAGUCCAAUGAUACCAAAUCUAGUUGAUGUAAUGUCCCAAAGAAUGGAAAUGGUACGAAAUUCCAACGUGCCUAAUCUCGAUGGAAACGUUCGUGGAAGAGGUCCUAUGCCGGAACCAAAUAUGCCAGUGUUCAACAGAGAUGUAUUCAGAAUGUUGACAUCUGUUAUGGGCAGUAGUAGAGAUGGUCCAAAUUUAGACGGAAAUGUAAGGAGAAUGCAACGACCAGCUUUCAUGAUGUCCCCGACUGCGAAUCAACAACAAAUAAGUACUGGUAAUAGGAACAAUAACAACAAUAAUAAUGGAAACAUGAAUAAUAAUAAUAACAAUAAUAACGAAAGUGGAAAUAUGAACAAUAAUAAUAACAACAACAGCAACAGAAUGAACGAUAUGAACAACAAUAUGAUGAAUACCAUGAAAAAUAUGAAAUCAAUUCCUUGGAAUGUCUGGCGUUAAAUUGCUAAUAUCCUGAGACGCUUGUUAAAUAUGGCAUUAAGUUAUUUUUCUGCUUAAUUAAUAUAGGUAAACAAAAGUUUCAUAAAACCAUUUGAAUGUUUCUCGAUAAUGGAAUAAGUUGAAUACGAAAGAAAAAACUGCAAUAAACUUGGAAAACAAAGACUUGCCGUACAUACCUCAUGAUAUUAAAUGCAAUCACUUUUCAUUCAUCAUGGCAUAUAUCAGACAUAUGAUAUGUCAGUUCUCGUAACUGAUGAUCAAAUGCUUGACUGUUUUAAGGUACAUACACUUACGGUCAAAGUUGGAAAGAAACAGAUUUUGUAACCAUUUUACACAGUGACUCAUUUAUACAUGGCAGAUAUUUGUGUGUGUUUAUUUAUUAUUUGUGUGGUGUUUGGGUUUAGUUAAUCAUGAUUUUUACCUCAACAAUUUACCAAACUUAUGUAUACGACUAAUCAAUUAAAGAAAUCACUAACGUUAAAAUGUUUGGCUUUGCGUAUAAAAAUGUACCGCUAACUUUGAUAACAUUUCAAAUUUUAUACAUAAAUACCAAAAUCAAAACUACUCGAGUAAUUUUCAAAUCAAAUGUUAAUAUAACAUCUUAUUUACUAGCCUCAAAUCUGGUUUACAUUUACAACUUUUUUUAGAUGGUUCAUAAUGCUACUUAAAAUGUUGGACAUGUAUCUAACAGAGAG